AUGCGGCAGGCAUACCCCCUGGGAAACGGACGCCUGGGGUUUAUGCCUGCCGGAAACCCAGGAUCAGAAACCAUCACCAUCAACCUAGACAGUCUCUGGACAGGGGGACCAUUCGAAAACAAAAGUUAUUCUGGCGGCAAUCCCCCCGACGAUCGGUCCCACUUCUUACCGGGAAUACGCGAUAAAAUCUUCCGCGAUGGAGAGGGCGAUGUUGACGGUCUUCUGAGCCCAAUAUCCUCGUACGGCACUUACACACCCCUUGCGAAUUUGACUGUUGAGAUAGAGGGGAUUGAAGAUUAUUCUUCAUAUUUCCGAGGCUUGGACUUGGCAUCUGGAGUUCACUCUGUGCGGUUUUCCAGCGAUGGGCAAGAUUACAACGUCUCUGCCCUAUGUUCUCACCCAGAUAAUGUUUGCGUCUACCUAAUUGCCUCGAGCGAGCCACUGCCCAAAGUCACAUUUGGACUACACAACAAUUUUCUCAACGCGACUCUCGUGAAUACGACUUGCGCCAAUGCCAGGAUGGAGAUAUCGGGUCAUUUGGCCCAGCCUGGUAUGCAGUUCAUUGGAAUAGCUCAACCAGUCCGCUCCCGAGGAAUGAUUUGCAGCGAAGGUCAACUCGUGCUGCCGACCAGUGCCAAAGCCAGAGAGAUCACAGUAGUUUUCGGCGCUGGGACGGACUAUGACGCGACAAAAGGAGACAAGGCAUCUGGCUACUCCUUUCGUGGAAUUGAUCCGGCCCCAGCAGUGAGAAAAGCCGUGUCCGCAGCAGCAUCAAGCUCUUACCAACAGAUACUGAAAAAGCACGAGAAGGACUAUAAGAGACUUUUCGGAGCCUUUGAGCUGGAGCUGCCAGACUUCGCAAAUUCAAGCCGCAUUGAGACAUCCGCCCUCCUCUCAAGCUACGACACCUCCAAGGGAGACCCUUUCUUAGAGUCACUCUUCGUCGACCUGGGACGGUAUCUCUUGAUAUCUUCAUCCCGUGAGAACUCACUCCCCGCAAACCUCCAAGGUCGCUGGGCCGACCUCCAGAACCCAGCUUGGAGCGCCGACUACCACGCAAAUAUCAAUCUGCAAAUGAACUACUGGGCCGCACCACAGGUCGGCCUGGGAUCCUUGCAACAGCCACUUUGGGACUAUAUUGAGCAAACAUGGGUGCCAUACGGCCAAGAGACCGCGCGUCUGCUAUACGGGGCGCUAAAUGGAUCGUGGGUUGUGCAUGACGAAAUCAACAUCUUUGGGUAUACCGGAAUGAAAAAUGAAGCGACCUGGGCCAAUUAUCCUCUCGCGGGUACUUGGAUGGCGCUGCAUAUUCCGAGCUGGUUAGAAUAUUCCGGUGAUGAGGAGUGGUACCGGAGGCAGGGAUAUCCGAUUCUCAAGGGUGCAACGUCAUUUUGGCUCUCGCAGCUUCAGGAGGAUCGAUAUUUCAAUGAUAGAAUGUUGGUUGUGAAUCCGUGCAAUUCACCUGAGCAUGGGCCGACGACUUUCGGCUGCUCGAAUCAUCAACAGCAAAUCUUUGAGCUCUUUGAUCGGAUUCUUGCGACGUGGUCUCUGGCUGGUGAUGACGACGAGGACUUUCGCCAACAAGUGAACCGAACCUUGGAUCGCCUGGAUAGAGGGAUACACAUUGGAUCCUGGGGACAGUUGCAGGAAUGGAAGCGCGAUAUUGACAUCAAAAAUGAUACGCAUCGUCAUUUGAGCGGCCUCACUGGAUGGUACCCUGGGUACAGCGUUUCUCAAAAUGCCGACAGCCGAGUCACAAAGGCCGUGGAGAAAAUGCUCUGGUCUCGCGGAGAUGGAAAGAAUACCGAAGACAACCCGGGCUGGGCGAAGGUGUGGCGGUCGGCAUGCUGGGCCCAUCUUAACAAUACAGAGCGAGCAAAUUUCGAAUUGAGAUACAGCAUCUCGGAAAAUAUGGCCGAAAAUGGGUUGUCGCAGUAUUCUGGACACAAUGCUCCGUUCCAAAUCGAUGCGAACUUUGGAUUUGUUGCUGCCUUCACUGCCAUUUUGAUUCGCGAUUUGCCUCAAUUCCAUGAUGAUGAUAGCAUACACACGGUGCUCUUGGGACCUGCGAUACCUAGCUCGUGGAGUGGAGGCUCGGUUCGCGGCCUUCAGCUGCGCGGAGGAGGAAGCAUUGACUUUUCUUGGGAUGACAGUGGUGUUGUUCAUAAGGCGACUGUGAAUAAGCGAUCGAAACCGCUGAGGCUAGUCAACGUGGAAGGCUCGGAUGUCGCUGUGUGA